CACCAUUUCAUCAAUACACGCUUCUAACUCCCCACACACAUUUUGUUAUUAAACAACUUAUCAAUUGAAAGAUGGAAGGCAAAACUUUGAUUGUAAGUGUGCUCGUAGUGAGUCUAUUCAUGGCACAAAUUCAAGUUGACGCAAAGAGCUGCUGUCCGUCCACCACUGCUAGAAAUAUCUAUAAUACUUGCCGCUUACCUGGAACUCCUAGGUAUGUAUGUGCAGACCUUAGUGGCUGCAAAAUCGUUGAUGGGACAUGCCCUAACGGAUAUACGAACGACAUUUUCGAAAACACAGGUCAUGCUGUCAAUAAAUACUGCAAGUUGGGGUGUGUAUCCUCCGUGUGUGGUGUUUUAAACACUCUCCAGAAAUCCGAUGUAAAUGAAAUCUUCAAUGGAGCGGUUGAAAAAUGUGUCAACGCAUGUUCUACAAUUUGCACCAAGAACUCGAUGAAGGCAGGUGAAACUGCCUAGACAUACAUAUCCAUCCAUAUACAAAAAUACCACGUACAUCUCGAGAUGAAGUGGGUGGUCAUCUUUUACAAUGUUGUUUUUAAGGUUUUUAAUAAUUGUCGUGUAUUUGACAAAAAUGUUAAGUGUCUCGUGCUUGUUUGUGAUGUGUUUGCCUAGAAGGUUGUCGAUCCCUACAUGGUAUAUGCCUUGUACUCUAUCUUUUAAAUAAUGAAUAAUGUGUUUGUAUC